AGACUUGACGCUUUGACUAGACCGGGCGUGACCAGACCGGGCUGGGACUCGAGCGGCGGCAAGCAGCUAGCGGCGGCGGCGGAGACUUGAACAGGUCGAGUAUGCAGGGCGUCGGCGAGGAGUCAGCGCCGGGCUGGGAGUCGACCUGCGGAGGCGCGCACCUGCCGUCGUAGAGGCGACGAGGCAUCCAAGGCGGCGGCGAGCGGCACACUCGGACUCGAGCGGCGCCGGCGCGCACCUGACCAGGUCGAGGCGACGAGGCAUCCGACGCGGCGGCGAGCGGCACACUCGGACUCGAGCGGCGCCGGCGCGCACCUGACCAGGUCGAGGCGACGAGGUUUGCAGGCGGAGGCGAGCACUGGAGCAACCGCGCGAAGAAAGGCUAUCGCUUGGCAUCAUGGGAGGGUCGAAGUUGGGGGUCGUGGCCUCGCGACAUCUGGCCAGGGUUUGGCGAGAAAUCGAGCCUGUGCUCUGGCUUGGAGCAACUGCUGGCUUGUGCUGGGCAGCGUGGAGAUACUACCAAUCCUGCGCCUGCCUCCGCAGCUACGGCCGGAAGAUGGGGGCGUUAUCCGAGGGCGAGGGCGAUCCAGUGAUCGGACGCGACAAGGAGAUUGACAGGGUCAUAUGCAUUCUCUGCCGCCGGACCAAGAACUGCGCCGCGCUCGUCGGGGAGGCAGGGGUCGGCAAGACGGCCAUCAUUGAGGGCCUCACCCAGCGCAUUGCCAGCGGGAAAGUCCCUGCGAGCCUUGCCGGAGCGCGUGUGGUAGAGGUCGACCUCGGAGCCAUGCUGGCCGGGACUAGUCUCCGUGGCAUGUUUGAGGAGCGCAUCAAGGACGUGAUAAAGAGCGCAGAGGACGGGGAUGGCAAGGUGAUCCUCUUCAUCGACGAGAUGCACAUGCUUCUUGGUGCCGGCGACGAUGUAGGUGGCACGGACGCCGCCAACCUGCUGAAGCCGGCGCUGGCCCGUGGCCGCAUCCGCUGUGUCGGCGCCACCACCCUCAAAGAGUACCACAGGUAUAUUCAGCCGGAUGCCGCACUCGAGCGCCGGUUCCAAAAGGUUCAUGUCAAGGAGCCGAGCGUGCAGGCGACCGUCACCAUUCUGCAAGGGCUUAAACAGCGGUACCAAGACCACCAUGGCUUGGAAAUUCAGGACGCUGCUCUGGUUGCUGCCGCAGAGCUCGCCGGCCGCUAUAUCACCGAUCGCCAUUUUCCUGAUAAGGCAAUUGAUCUAAUUGAUGAGGCAUGCGCUACCGCAAGGAUGCUGCUCGACAACGAAAAUGAAGCAACCGGUGGCACCAUGACGCGGAUUUACAACAAAAAAGAAGCGACUGCACAAAGUAGAUCUAUAAAUGCAGUGAAGAAAGGAAUUGUUGAUCCGAGUCAGGUCGCACAGGUUGUGAGCCUGUGGACUGGAAUUCCUGUCGCUGCUAUUGAUCAAGAGGAGAAGGAGAAAUUACUACACCUAGCAGACAAAUUGCACGAGCGAGUUGUUGGCCAGGAUGAGGCGGUCAAUUUGGUUGCACAGACAGUCCUACGUUCCAGAGUCGGCCUUGAUCAGCCGGGCCAACCAAUAGGUUCUUUUCUAUUUUUGGGCUCGACUGGUGUUGGAAAGACUGAGCUUGCAAAAGCUCUUGCCGAGCAGCUAUUUGACAAUGAAAAUAUGUUGGUUCGCUUUGACAUGUCCGAAUAUGGUACGAAGGGAUCUGUGUUGCGCCUCAUUGGAGCACCUCCAAGCUAUUAUGGUUAUGACGAUGGAGGGCAACUGACUGAAAAAGUCAAGAAGCACCCAUACAGUGUCAUCCUGUUUGAUGAGGUGGAGAAGGCGCAUCGCUCGGUGUACAAUAUUUUUCUUCAACUCCUUGAUGAUGGUUUGUUGACUGAUGGCAAAGGCCAGACAGUAGAUUUCAAGAACACUCUCAUCAUUAUGACCUCAAAUCUUGGGUCAAAGCACCUUGCAGCAGGAAUGGUUGGAGAGAACACAAUGCAAGAAACACACAAGCUUGUAAUGAAAGAGGUUCGGAAACGCUUCAAGCCCGAGCUUCUCAACAGGCUGAGUGAGAUUGUGAUAUUUGAGCCACUUUCACACGACAAACUGAAGGAGAUUGUGAAAAUCCAGAUGAAGGGCGCUGCUGCCAGAGUAGCUAAGAAGGGCAUCUCUCUACACGCGAGUGAUGCUACAUUGGAUGUUAUCUUGUCAGAGUCAUACGAGCCAAUGUACGGUGCAAGGCCUAUUAAAAGGUGGAUACAGAAGAAUGUGAUGAACACCAUCUGUGAGAUGCUUGUCAAAGGAGAAGUUGGCGAAGGCUCAACAAUCUCCAUUGAUGCCGCCGACCACAACAAGGGGCUCAAGUAUGAAGUGGUGAAGAAGGCGGCAGAUCCUUCCCGCAACAUCUUGGUCCCAGCACCAGAGCCUCUUGCUUGCCCCGACGAGGAAACCGAUGAUUCGGUCAUGGUCACUUCAUUGACAAAGUGUCUUGGAUAGUGAGUAGCGACUCCCCUGAAAACCAAGCUGGAUGCUGAAACUGUUUCUGUUAUAUUAGGAGAGGCCCUGCAUAGUUGUUUUUGACCAUUUGAGCAAAUAGUAGUACUAGUAGAUCCCUGCAUCUGCACCCAAGUGCAUCAACAGUAUGUUCAGAAAAUAUAGCAAGCAAAUUCAAAAAAAUCUGAUACUUUGUGUUUGUUUGA